GGCCUUUUUAAUUAGAGAAAAAUAAAAGGCAAAAGAAACGCUAUGCGACUCUCUCUGAACAACCCCUUAAAGCUCAAGGCCAAGGCGCCUCUUCUGCUUCACUCCCUCUCUCUACCCACCGCCAACAUCACUCCAGCGUUUCGAAACGUUUCAACUUCAUCAAAAGCAACAACCCUAUCCCUAACUACAAGAACCACAGGCUUUCUUCCCUCGCCGUUUCUUCGCUGCUCCACAGCCAUGGCGACCGCCGCGUCUAUUCAAGUCAAGGAGCAAAUUGAAUUGACCCAAACUGAGAAGAAGAUUUUCGAUAGGCUUUUGAACACUCUUCGCCACUUCAAUCUCCAAACUCAGCUUCGAGUUGCUGGUGGAUGGGUCCGCGAUAAGCUUCUUGGGAAAGAAUGUUAUGACAUUGAUAUUGCACUUGACAAUAUGUUGGGCAGUGAAUUUGUUGACAAGGUUCAGGAAUACUUGUUAUCAACAGGGGAAGUGGCACAGGGACUUGCUGUCAUUCCAAGUAAUCCUGAGCAGUCCAAGCACUUAGAAACUGCUAGGAUGCGCCUUUUUGAUUUAUGGAUUGAUUUUGUGAACUUAAGGUGUGAAGACUAUAGUGAGAGUAGCCGCAUCCCUACGAUGGUAAACAAAUAUUUGAAAUUUGGUACCGCUGAGGAGGAUGCAUAUAGAAGGGAUUUAACCAUUAAUAGCUUGUUCUACAACAUUAACACCAACUUAGUUGAAGACUUCACUAAAAGAGGGAUUGAGGAUCUAAAAUUUGGAAGGAUAGUGACUCCAUUGCCUCCAAAGGCUACGUUUUUGGAUGAUCCCCUACGGGUUCUUCGAGCUAUUCGUUUUGGUGCAAGGUUUGGUUUCACUCUGGAUGAAGAAUUAAAGAAAGCUGCUGCAUGUGAUGAUGUCAAAACAGCUCUUGCAGCUAAAAUUAGCAGAGAGCGCAUUGGAACUGAAAUUGAUCUCAUGAUCUCUGGCAAUCAACCUGCUAAAGCAAUUGACCACAUUUGUGAUUUGACAUUAUUUUGGGUUGUCUGCAGUCUCCCUGCGAAAGUAGAGCCUGCUGUAUCAGAAGAUUGCUAUAGGCUGUCUGCUUCUUAUUUGGAUGCUACAUGGAACCUUAUUCGACUUAUUGGAUGCUCCAGCUUUGAUGACGAACAGAGAAGGCUGUGUUUGUAUUCUGCUUUAUUUCUUCCAUUGUGUAGUGCCACGUACGGGGAUCGAAAGGCUAAAAAGAUUCCUGUCAUCAACUACAUUUUCAGGGAUUCUCUUAAGCGAAAAGCUAGUGAUGCUGAAACAGUUAUAAACGUCCACAAGUCGUUGGAGAAAUUCUUAUCCUUGAUUCCUUCUCUUUUAUCAAAUGAGGAUAUCCAACUUUCUGAGAUUGACUGGGGUAGAGAAAUUAUCGAUGUUCCUUUUACUUCAAAAUUGCGGGUACUGACAGGUAUGUAGUUAUUACUAUUGUAGUUUGUACUUUUAAGAUUGUCUAUAUAUGGUUGUUUUUUUCUCCAAAAAUAGACUUCUGAAUAUAAUUCAUUAUGAAUUAUUUUCCUCAAAACACUGACCUCUCAUUAGACAACCAUGUGUGAGAAUUGAUAUAUCAAGUUUUUAUUAUAUGUAGUAUGAUAAUAAGUUGUGUUUAUGAAUAAUAGUAAAAUGUAUCAAACCUGAAGAAAUAUUGGGUCACUGCUAUAGAGAAUUGAACUUCUUUACAAUUGAAACCGACCAAAGCAAUCCAGGAGUGUUCCCUGAGAAAGACAUGCUUUCUAGAAUUGGAAUCUUGGGGAGUCUAAAUGCAUAACUAUUCACUUUUGGUUCUAGCUAUGAGGAUAUUUAUGCUUUUCAUAAUUAGUUAUUUCUACCGAACACUUGACUCAGCUUUACAGGUUUUACUCUAUCAGCCUGAUUUUCUUUUUGCUUUAAAACACUUAGA